AUGUCAGAGGCAGGUGACGUGCCCAGUCCGCUCAAAUUGACGUUUGCCGUCGAGAUUGAGCAUCUUUUCGGCAUCAAGCAGAACGAAGUCGCAGUCAAGCCGGAAUACGCCUGGCUUCGUCCGGAAAACUGCGCAGUGGAAACAGACGGCGUCCUCAUGUCACUUCCUGAGUGGUACCCCGAAAGCUACAACCCGGAUGACAAGCAGCACCGCACAGAGCUGUACCUUGCAGGACUACGACAGGCUGCAAAGAUCGUUCGGACGAAUGCGGGACAAGACGCGCCUAUGCUUGAAGUGAGGCUCUACUCGGAUCCUGAAGAUGUGUCGGAUCAAUAUCUAAACUGGAAGCUAACGCUUGAGGACGCAGUGCCAGUCCCUACUAGUGCCGAGGAGCUGACGGAACACUCUAGAUUCCAACAACAGAUCAGGGUCACCGAUUUCAAUGACUGGCAAUUGACUGGAUUGGAGCUCAUCUCACGGGCACUAAAAGUGCCCGAGCUUGACGCAGACGGCCUCCAUUCGAACGGCCUGCAAGAGCUCCACGACCACCUAAAUGCGAUUCCGAAGCAUUGCAAUCUAGAGGCACCUUACUUUUUCACAACAGGUCCAGAGUUGGGUUCCGUCCACGUGCACGUUGGUGUGCAACCUAGCGCCGAAUGUGAGCAGGAAGAUCUUUCUACAGAGUUUCUCCAGCAUCUUGCAUUCAUUUGCAUGGUAUUUGAAGACACCAUCACGCUGCUGCAUCAUCCCGAAAGGCAAGGCUAUCAGGGCACGAAAGCUUUCAAGUAUGCCAAAAGCAACCGAACGGCGAUCAAGGCGAGCGAGCACUCCUGCACGAUAGCACCCCUGUUCUCAUGUGAGGAGGCAUUCCUUAAGAUUUUUGAAGUGGACGUGAUCCGCCUGGUCGGCCUUCUACAGUAA